AUGCCAUCUUCUAACAUGUUCGGAGGCGACGGCGGCGGCGGCAGUGUAUUUAAACUGCUUUCCGAUGAUCCGGACCAAACAUUUGACGAAGAUGAGAUUAUCAUCCAGUUUACUAUCUACGCCGGGGCAUAUGUCGACGGCAUAUCUUUCAAGACGAACAAACUCGCCGGCGGGUUUUCAGCUCGCGGCCCCGGAGGCGGGGCGCAUCGGGUUGAUGUUGGUAAUGGCAAGCUGCGGGGCUUCACAGGGAAAUCGGGAUACGACAUUGACGCUCUUUCUGUCACCUCUAACUAG